AUGGCGCCCGCCACUAGGUACGUUGAAGCCCAGUCAGAGCUCUGUAUGGCAGUCGAGUGCGUCUUUUCCUACGCCUUCCUAUACCGUAUUCAUGGGGACAACAGCUUCGCAGACAAAGCAGAACUUGCAGCCUUCAACGCAUUUCCAGCCGCCAUGAGCCCAGACUGUAAGGACAGAAUGAUCUUGCGCUCAGUAUAA